AUGUCAGCAAUAAGAACAGUAACUAAAUACGUUGAUGAUGCAAAAAUAAUAUACAAGGCACUGAAUGGUGUAGUUGCGUUGUAUAAACCUCAAGCUUUACACUUCAACAAUCUAAGAGAAACAGUGAUCAGCAAUUUAUGCAGAGAAUUAAAUGAUAUGCAUACAAGACCACCAAUGAAACAUGUAGCUAUUGAAGGAGAAACCAAUAAACCUAUGAAAGUUGUUGUUCGAAAUAGCUUUGCAGAUCAUCCAUUACUAGUAGGACCUCGUUAUCAACCAAAUGACUUUAGAAUGGGAGCUACAAAAAUUAUGCAUAAAGAUGUGUCUGGCAUUUUGGUUUGUGGAAUCAAUGCAGGUAAUCAAUUGAUACAUAAAAUAAAAACAUCUCAAAGUUUAAGGUUCUACAAGAUAAAGGGAUUAUUAGGAGAAGCGACAGAUAAUUAUUUUCAUACUGGAAAAGUAGUAGAAAAAUCUACAUACGCACAUGUGAGACGUGGUCACCUUGAUAAGUUAUGUAGCUCAAUGCAAUCUACACAUCAAAGAAAAAUGUUUGAAUUGUGUGGUGUAGAUAUCCAAAGCCAAGCUGCAUAUGAAUUAGCAGUUAAAGGAUUACUUAGACCAGCAGAUUCUAAUAUCCCUAUGAUAUACACAAUUAAAUGUGUAGACUUUUCACCUCCAGAAUUUAUAUUAGAAGUUGUUUGCACAAAUGAAACUGAUUUGUAUUUAAAAGCCAUAAUUCAUGAUCUAGGAUUAAAGCUUCGUAGUAAUGCUACUUGUACUCAAGUACUUUGUAUACAAGAUGGUUUAUUUAAUAUAAAGCAUGCAUUGUUAUCAAAGCAAUGGACUCUACAAAACAUUGUAACCAACAUACAAAUGUGUCAAAAUGUCAUAAAUCAGAAUGAGCAUAUAUUACAUCAAAAAAAUCCUGCAUUAAUGGAACCUAACAAUGAUAUAAAUAUCAUUGAAUAA